AUGCUCUUUACUUAAUUGUUAGUAUAUAUAUGAAGCGCAUAUAGGAGCUGCCAUUUGAGCUUCUUGGUAGGCCUAUCAGUAUUUGACAUUCGUUCUUAUAUGCAAGGGGAGUUCCAUAUCCCCUCUCCAUCUCUCUCCUCCUUCCCCACCACAAGCCAUAGUUAGAAAUGAGCAGUUUGAGCAACGUGGAGGCGAAGUUGCCACCGGGGUUCAGGUUCCACCCAAGAGAUGAAGAACUGGUGUGUGAUUACCUGAUGAAACGGGUAGCGGGUUGCGCCCAGCCGUUUCCUCUUUUGAUCGAGGUCGACCUUAAUAAGUGCGAGCCGUGGGACAUUCCUGAAACUGCAUGUGUCGGAGGCAAACAAUGGUAUUUUUACAGCCAAAGGGACAGGAAAUAUGCAACUGGCCUGAGAACAAACCGGGCCACGGUGUCCGGCUACUGGAAGGCCACCGGCAAGGACCGGCCCGUCACCCGAAAGGGAGCCCUCGUCGGAAUGCGAAAGACUCUAGUGUUCUAUCAGGGCCGGGCUCCCAAAGGAAGAAAAAGCGAUUGGGUCAUGCAUGAGUUUCGACUCGAGGGAGCCCACGGGCCCAGCCCGAAAGUAGUUUCUCCUGCCAAGGAUGAUUGGGUUCUCUGUAGAGUGUUCUUAAAAAACGUAUCAGAAAUCCCAGGAAAACAAGAAACAGGGAACGGCUGCGACGCCACGACAUCUCCAUCUUCAUCUCUUCCACCAUUGAUGGAACCCUUCAUCACGUUUGAUCAAACACAGGCCAGUGCGAAUUACGAAUAUCAUCAAUACCAUGAGCAAGUGCCCUGCUUCUCCAAUUUCACCACAAACCAAACAAGCCCUACUUUCUCUCUCCUCACCCACACGGACCCACAGGAAAUAUUCCCCACCAAAAUCUUGCCAAACUUUGGUGGGAUAAUGCCUGACUUUGGAAUUUAUAAUUCGACCAAUGACUCUUCUUCUUGCGACAAGAAUGCGAUAAAAGCUGUUUUGAACCAUUUCAACGGGGCACAAAGUGCCAACGAUCAACUUAGCGUGAAUGGUUGUUCGAGCUUCGGGGAAGGAAGCUCGUCGGACAGUUAUCUGUCUGAAGUUGGGUUGUCUUGUAUGUGGAAUCAGUACUUGUGAUACUAUAAUUCAUUUUGAGAAACAUAUGUAUGGGACUGUUUGGAUUAGUUAGGUUAUCUGUUUGUCGUUCAAAGAUUAGCAUUUACGUGUAAACUAAUCUCAUGUUGCACGAAUUGUUUGGAAGAUUACAAGCCUAUGUAUAAUUGACUUGUGAACGCAGAAUUUCAGACCAAUCACAAGAAAUAUGUUUUUAA